UGCCAGCGACAUAAUGGAAAAUGUGAAGAUUGUGUGGGCAAUGCUAAGUGCUUGUACUGUUACUCUGAUAACAAGUGCUUGCUGUAUCCCAUUGGGAAAAUUUUGCCACCGUCAGAUGUUUGUGCGCUGGACAAGGCCCGAUGGGGGGUUUGUUGGGUAAAUUUUGAGGCUUUGAUCAUCUCAGUGAGCGUCAUUGGUGGUGUUAUCAUCAUCACGGCUGCCUGCUGCUGCUACUGCUGCUGUUGCCGUUCCAACAAUAAAGCAAA